AUGUCCGUUAUAAGUGGAGGCUCCGAUGAUCGAAACCCAUUUGGUAUUAGUCCAGUAUCGGUUUCAUCAUUUCCGACAAAUCAAGAUUAUGUACCAUCCGCAAUUAAUGGGGGACCUCCGUCGACUAUAGCUUCUUCAGCAAUAGCGAAUACUAUACUACCACCUGAACAAGCAAACAUUAAUUUUAAACCAACCACCACAGCCAUAUCAAAAAUAUCAAAAUUAAAAUUACACGUUUUAUUAGAUUCUACAAUAUAUACGGCAGGUGGUUUAUUAACUGGAAGAAUAGUAUUAACAAGUUCUUCUGCAAGAUCAUUAAAACUCGGAGAAAUUUCGGUAGAACUAACAGCUUAUGAAGAAUUAUCUGUAAAAGAGUAUACUGCUUCACAAUCUUUUUUAUCUUCAAGAUUAGUUUUUCAAAAUGAAAAUUUACCACCUUCAAAUGCGGUGCAUGGUCCAAAAGAAAAUGGUUAUUGGACAGCGAGAAAAGGAAAGACCACUUUUCCAUUUGCUUUUAAAAUUCCUGUUGAUGCGCCAAGUUCUGUUGAAUAUGGAAACCUGGCAUGUCUAAAAUAUAUUGUAACUGGAGUUGUUCAAUUUAAGAACAAUAAUAAAGAAGAUACACUAUUAAGAUCAAAAGAAGCCCUUGUCGUUGAGGCGUGGGAUGGACAUAAUCCAAUCUACAAAAAACCUGUAGAUGGUGUUAAUAUGAAACAAUUAUGGAUGGGCGGGACGGGUGCUGUUACACUGGAAGGAACAUUGGCAGAGACAUUAUUUCAAAGUGGUGGAAAUGUUAGUGUACAAGUUAGGGUGAAAAAUGAAACCAAAAGAAGGGUUCAAGGAUUAAAGAUUGCUAUCACGCAUAAACUUUUAAUUCUUGCUAAUAAAAACAAAAAAGAAAUUGAUGAGGUUAAAAUUGUUGGAGAUACGAUAGCUGAGGCAUGGUUUAAAAAUAAGGAUUACUUAUUUGAUUGUGGAGAGGAUCGUUCGACGACCAUUCAUAUUAAUGUUCCUAAAAAUGCAAAGACCAUAAGAAAUACGGCUUUAUUCGAAGUUGAUCUUACAGUUCACCUUCCUGUUUAUAUUGCACAUUCUGCAUCUUUACAACCGGCUCCUAUAGCUGAUGCAGAUUUAAAUGUAUUUCCAAAUCAUUAUAAUAUGAUGGACGAAAAUGUAGAUUUUUUUGUUGAAGAUAUCAGAAAAGAAGACGGUGAAGUUUUAGGUUUUGUGUCAACGCCAGUAAAUAUUCCAUCAAAGAAUGGUGAUAGAGUGCUUCCUUGGUCAAAUGCAGAGGAGGAUGGUCGUGGACGUUAUUCACCUACGAAAAGUUCGGCUGGAUCAUAUAUAUUUGGUUCGGCAAGUCCAAAGAAAAUUGGAUCUUUUGCAACUUCUUUGCUUGGAAGACCAAAACAAAUGGCACCACCAAAUCCAUCAAAACUUGUUGCAAAAUCACCACCGUUAGCUCCUGCAUCACCUUACGCGUAUAUUCCAGCUAUCGAACGUGUAAGAUACCUUUCUUUUACAACGCAAGAACAAGGAGCCAUACAAAAACGCCCUUUUGGCGCAGCUUCGGGGUUUGGAGGUUAUGGAAAACGCAGUGAAACACAGGAAUUGUCACCACCUACUUCAGAAUAUGAGUUUAUUAAUACGCCACCCGAGCCAGAACAGAAUGUUCAAAAGUGGCUUGAUAAUAAUGAUAAUCAAUCUGAAAGAUCAAGUCCAGCUUUUUCGGAUGGAGAACCUGUUGCUACACCUGGUGGAAAAUCUCCUUGGGCACAUAUUAAUCAAAGCCAAGAAAUUGCAGGCACUUCACCUCGUUCACAUUCUCCAUUGUUUAGGAAAAAUAUUCCGAAUGGUCAAGGAACCACUCCAAUUGAUAUUCCAAUACAAAAUUCUGAUUUUUCAUCAGAUUCAUUUAAACGAAAUGAUAGUUUAGUAUCCUCACCUUCAGGUCCUUCAGGAUUAACUCUAUUAAUGAGAAAAAAGUCGCCAAUACCUACAAUUCAUGACGAUACGUUUGAAGUAUCAUCAUCUAUAACAAACGGCGCAUAUGAUCAUAUUCCUAAAGGUCGUCCUCUACCGACACCAAAACCUAAAGAAAUUGAGGUUAUUGAUGAGAAAAGUUCGGAGUUACUUCAAGUUCCCGGAUUUGAACAAGAAAGACCUAAAACACCGCCUGUGAACAAUUUUAAUACAAGUGCCGCAGCCACUGGGGGAGGAAAUUUGUCAUCAUUAUUUAAAUGGGGAUCAUCUUUGAUUGGAUAUGGUGCAUCUAACGAUCAAAGUCAACUACAAAGUAUUGAACAGAACGCAUCCAACGAAAUUCCAAAGAAUAGACCUCGUAAACAGCUUCCACCUCCUCCGACAACACCAGCGGCAGAAGCGAACAAUAAUAUGACGGACAAUUCAUCAAUUAACCCUAACCCAGAUGAAAAUCCAGUUCCUAAAACGAGAAUGCGUCGCAGUCUACCUGCUGUUCCAACUUCCGUUCCCCAGAAAACAAUAACAACCAGUAGCCCGAUUAUAGAGGAAGAGGAAAACCCAUCUAAUAAUAUUUCACAUUCACCGCCUCAAAAUACUUUUACCAGCUCAGUAAAUAACGAUCCACCUACACCAUCCAAACCUAUCUCGACUGAAAAAUCGGAUACACCUUCAGCUAUUCCACAGAAAUCUUCAUAUUUUCCUGCAAUACCAAUAACCAAGGCAUCAAUUUUUGCUGCUUUAGGACAAAAACCUUUCGGAAUGUCUUCACCGCCUUCUUCAGUUCCAGCUCCAGCUCCUGCUCCAGUAGUAUUUCCUAAGAAAACUUUACCUGUUUCUCCAAGUACUAGCCCACCAAAACAAAAAGGAUUUAAUGUUCAACGUAAACCAUUGGAACUUAAUACUCUUGCGAAAGAUGAUCCUAAAAUUGCUGAAAUGAUUAAAAAUGAGUUAAAAGCAUCGGAGAAUCAUAAUGAUAAUCAAAAUGUUUCCUCUAAUCAAGUGACUUACAAACUUGCUAUCCCGCCAGCUGUGCCGACGAAAAAAUCUGCCCCAACAUCAGCUCAAGUUACAACACCUGUUCCUAUUUCCACCAAAUCUGAUGAAAACGUAAAUACAAGCAUGUCGUCCAGUCCCCCAAUUGAUCCCAUGAAAGUAUUAGCAUCUCCGACAACUUAUCUAAACAAUACAAUUGCUAAGCCAAUUGUAGCACUAACAGCUAAGAUAACGGAACCACCAAAACCUAUACUAUCGCCUAGAUUACAAGAAUAUAUUAAGAAAUAUAAUUAUGCCACAGGCUCAUGA